UUAAUUUACAACACUUAAUCUUUACAGUGGUAUUGCAUUGUCUGAAAUUCAUAUCGUGUAAUCACCUGGUCAACUUUGCUGUUUUUGCAUACAGGUCACUGAAUAUCGCUCUGCAACUGUUGCAUCGUAAAAAUAUACUUGUUAUAUCUCAAUCCGUGUGCACUGCGGGAGAUGGCAACGUCAUGGAACGGUUGACGACAGGCGACAGGAUGGCUCUGCGUUUCUUCCUGGAAUAGCAUUGCAUAUCCGGACUCAGAGGACAGCUUGAGGUGGCUGCCAUGGAUGCCGUGGUGGAGUCCCCACCAGGCGAGCCAGUUCGGCGACAACGUGUUGCCUUGGGCCCAGGGCAGCUGUCGAAGCCGGAGAAGGUGUGGUCCUCCAGCUCCACACUCAUCAUCGGGUUCUACCAGGCGGCGCCGUACAGCGAUGCAUUCCGCAUCUUCUAUAAAAAGAGUGGCAGCGUGUUUGGCACCCAGGUGACGCUGCAGCCCGCCACCAUCCUGGGGCCGGAGCUGGCUGUACGGCAGCCGGUCACGGGGGAGGUGCAGUACUUUGAGUACGAGAUCAAAAAGCUUAAACCCAGCACGCAGUACGUGAUCAAGAUCAAGACCAGCGACGCGGGCGAGUCGGCGGAGGUGCGCUCCGACAAGAUGGGCACGGUGAGCUACGAGGAGGAGCGCACCCGCGACAACGACAUGCGCAACUUCGUGGGCGCCAUGGUGAAGCUGGGCGAGUACGACGGUCUGGUGCUGAGCUACGCGGCGGGCAGCGGCAUCUUUGGCAUCCGCAUCCUGCAGCUGGACGACCUGGCGGCCAGCCUGCAGCUGGCGCGCCUGGGCAGCGACUACACCGACAGCGGCGUGCCCGUGCAGGCCUACACACUCAGCCAGAUCCGGUUUGGUCGCUGGGGCGGCGCCAUCACCGGCAGCAAGGUGGUGAACGAGGGCGAGCUCAAGUGGCUGGUGGCGCGGGCGGUGCAGAUGGGGCAGAAGAGCGAGGCGGCGGCGGCCUUCGAGGCGGAGAAGAAGAUGCUGCAGACGCAGGUUGAGCUGGUGGCGACCAACCUGGACUCGCAGUGGGCGGACCGCUUCCGCAACCUGAGGCUGAGGGCCUUCGCGUACGCCCUCAUGCUGGCGCUGGUGGCUGUUUGCGGCGGUCUGGCCAUGUGGGGUCUGCUCAGCCGCUCGGGGCGGCGGCACCGAGACCUGCUGCAGCAGCUGGCGGCGCGGGGGGCGCAGCUGGCGGAGAUGGAGGCUGAGUUGGACAUGCUGCACCUGUACCGAGUGUCCCUGGAGCUGGACGUGGAGAGGCGGGUGGCGGCGGGGGCAGGCGCGGCCACACUGCGGCCAGGCGGUGACUGGGACCCGGCGGCGGCAGUGAACAGCAGUAGCAGUGGCAGCAGCAACAGCAGCAGCAGCAGCAACAACAGUCGUACCAGCCGCAGCCUGCGCAGUGUGGGGCUGCUGAUAAAGCACCUCGCGGAGCGAGGCAACGGCACAGCGGACGGCGAGGCGGAGGCCGGGGGUGGGGAAGACGGGGCUGGGGAACGCGGCGGGGGCGGGGAUGGGUCAGAACCCAUUGAAGCGGGGCCAAAGGGCGGCAACGGGGUUAAGGGCGCAGCUGCCGGGAGUAAAGGCGGCAAGCAGGGCCGCAGCGGCGGCGGCGUCGCAGGCUCCAGGCGGGGGGGCAGUGGCAAGCGGAAAGCACCAGCAGGAGGCGGCGGCGGCCGGCAGGGGCAGGAGGCGGGGCUCCCUGACGGCGAUGGCGGCGGUGGCGGCGGCGCUCGCGAGCUGUGGGGUCUGCCGCAUGCGGCUGUGCGGCGGGCCAUGUCGGGCAGCUGGGGGCCGGGAGCCGCGGCGGCUGCAGGCGGCGGCGCGCUGGCGGCGGCCCACGGCCACCCGCCUGGAGCCGCAGCUGCCUCCUGGCUGCCAGAGGGCGGGCAGGACGAGGAGCAGCCCGACGCGUGGAUGUUCAUCCACUACGUGUCGCACGUGUACGCCACCCACCUGCAGGAGUGGAUGCAGGUGCAGCUGCAGCGGACGGUGCGCCGCAAGGUGAACGACAUGCUCCUGCGGGGAGCCGGCGCCGGAGCCGCCACCCCAACUGGCCCCCUCGUUGUGUCGAAUGACAGCAACAGCACCGGGGGGGCGGCGGCGCCGGCUGCGGCGCCCGCUCCUGCACCGUCACAGCCGCCCGGCGGUGCCGCCGCCGCCCGCCUGGCGUCGGCUGCUGCCGGCAAGGCCGCCAGGUGGGGCGGUGGCGGCGGCGGUGGCGGCAGCAGUAAGGGCCCCGUCAACACUGGCGGCCGGGGCCGUGCGGCCGGCCGCGGCGGGAGUGCGGGUGUGGUGAGCCGGGCCGAGGGGGAGGAGGAGGUGGCUGCAGGGCGGCGGCACAGGGUGGCAGCCAGGCGCCGUCGCGACGCGGCGGCUGCGUGGCGGGCGCAGCAGUACGGCUACGAGUACGGCUAUGACUACGAGGAGGGAGAGGAGGAGGGGGGCGAGUGUGGGGAGCUGGAUGGCCAGGCUGGGUAUGUGGGUGGCGGUGGUGGUGGCGGCAGGUGCGCGGGCGGCUGGUGUGCGGGCGUGUCGGCGCAGCGUGUGGCGGGGCGUGAGUACGAGUACGCGGACGAGGAAGGGUAUGACUAAGAGGUGGGGGCACGGCGUUUGGGAACACUUGGUGAUUCUGCACGAGAUGCGUUCAAUGUGCAUUUCAUGUUAGCAUUCGGCAGCUGCAAUGACUGACAAGCUGUUUGAGGUCGGGCAUCGUAGGGACUGACUUGGCGGUGACGAAGUGCUGGCCCUGCGGGGGCUGGUGAACGUGUGUGUACUUUAGGGCACGAGAGAAAGGAGCCCGCUACCAAGACCUUGCAUGCAGGGCCUGGCAUUGUGUCUGUCCAAGGACAAGGGAAGGGGUCGACACUGAAUGUUUAGAAUUGCAGCAUGGCUACAUUGUGUAUUGGGCGGCUGACAGACGGUACGUCUGCAAGGCAAGCGCUGCUGCUGCCUUACUGUGAGCGGCGCGGCACUCGCGGCUCCAAGGCACCUUUGGGCACACCCAUAUGCCUUUGAGGCCCGGCUCGGGACUGUACAUCAAUCUGCUGUGAACAUGGUGCGUAAGGGUCUGUUCGGGCCGGUGCGCG